AGACAACUGAAGAAGACGAUAAAGCAGCAGUGAGGCAGCGAGUCAAAGACAGCAUAAUGCUCGCCGUCGUCAGAAUUUCAUUUUCAGAAAUUAUAUAUUAGGCUUCUGCGACAUCUGUUCUCGACAUAUUGUCAUGCCUCACCUCGUACGUGAGAGUCUCUUCAUUGGAAAUAUUGGCGAUGCAGCAGAAGUUCUACAGCAUGGUAGCUCCGAAAUCACACAUAUUCUGUCGGUUCUUAGUUCAGCGUCGAUAUCAUUUUUUUCCGAAUGGCGCAGUGGAUUGACAAUCCCCACCACAGAAAUUAAGAAGGUCUAUGUAGGUGAGGCUGGCUGUGAUUCAGGUUCUGAAAAUGACUACGUUGAUGGAUCAAAGAGUUCUUUAUCACCUGAGAAGCUCUUAUAUUCAUUGGAAUACGCUGGAAAGGAUUUGAAGGUUGUGAGGAUGGCAGUGCCGCUGAGGGAUAUGGAAAAUGAGAAUCUAUUGGAUUAUUUGAAUGUGUGCUAUGAUUUCAUUGAGCAGGGUAGAAAAGAGGGAUCUGUUCUGGUGCACUGCUUUGCUGGAGUAUCUAGAAGUGCUGCUAUUAUCACAUCAUAUCUUAUGAGAAAGGAACAGCUAUCUCUUGAAGAUGCACUUGGUUCCUUGCGACAAAGCAGUGAGUUUGUCAGCCCCAAUGAUGGGUUUAUGGAGCAGUUAAAACUGUUCGAGGAAAUGGGUUUCAAGGUUGAUUAUGCCAGUCCCAUAUACAAGCGAUUUCGGCUGAAAAUAUUGGGUGAGUCCUAUAACCGUGGGGAGAAAAUCAACAUUUCUAAACUUGCAGAAGAUCCAGGGAUCUUGUCCCAUGAAAUUGCUUCAGAGGCACAUUCAUCCCAACAAGUGGAUAAUUUUUAUGCACGUGCAUACCGCUGCAAGAAAUGUCGAAGGCUGGUCGCCUUGCAGGAAAAUGUGGUGGAUCACAUUCCUGGGGAAGGUGAGACAUCCUUUGAUUGGCGUAAGAGAAAAAGCGGAAACCCAUUUAACAAGUCAGAGGAGGCUGAGUGCUCAUCUGUUUUUGUUGAGCCCCUCCGGUGGAUGACAGGAGUUGAAGAAGGUGCAUUGGAAGGCAAGUUAUCGUGUGCUCAUUGUGAAGCUCGUUUGGGAUACUUCAACUGGUCAGGCAUCCAAUGCAGUUGCGGAAGCUGGAUCACCCCAGCAUUUCAGCUCCAUAAAAGCCGAGUCGAUAUCUGCACUAUCUAAUACUUUCUCGGUACAGAGGUCGAGAAAGAGGUUUCCUAAUUUCAAACAGGGGAUGCCUAUUAUCUCCCUGUUCUCAUCUGCAUAAUUCAGAUUCUUGAUGCUGUGUUCUGUUGUAGGGAAAGUAAUUACACACAGGUUUGCAAAUCCUGGUUCAUAUAUACUUCUGUGCUGCUGGAUGAGAUGGAGAUCAAUGGAGAUCGACGGGAACACAUAUUGUUCUCUUUGGAAUGGAUCUCAUGUGAUUCAAGUUUCUUUAUCUAUCAACUAGUUUACUUGAUCGUUUCAAAAUCGUGUUUAGAUGGAAAUCUGCUCAUGUGCUUUUUUUGCUUUUUUUUUUUUUUUUCUCAACGCAUCCUAUUGUCUAUUUAUGGAGUAAUAAUUUUUUCUGGUUGUUUUAAACAUUUAGCAUUUGGUCCGCUCUCCAAGUUUUUUGGUCUCGUGGAUUGAUAAAUGUUAAAUUUGGCAUUGUACAC